GUUGUUCGCGCCGUAACGAGCAACUAUGAACAACAUCAAGGCAGAGCAGGCAGAAGACGUCAACAUGAAAACCUUAAGCAACGGCGGUGCCCCGAGCACAAUCAACGUCGCCAACGAGGCACACGACGAAUAUCUCCCCUCAAAGACCUCUGUCCCUGUCAUCAACGUCGAGAAGAACGGCGGAGUCAACGCAGAGAACACUCCCAGCGACAUCGCGAAAGACGAAGCAACCGUCACUCAUAAUCAAGCCAUCAGCCCGGUCGAAGAAAUCGACCAGCUCAGGCGCGACAAUGUACAAAUCAUGACCACAGCCUACUCCCAAAUGCUCGCCAGGGACAAGAUCAUCCACGGCAAGAACAAGCACAUCAACAACCUUGAGAAUACCAUCAAGAGACAACUCGUCGCUGUCAACGCCUACAACACCCUCAGAGAUGAUUACUGGAACAUGAAGCGGGAGUAUGAGGAUAAGCUUGCUGCUAUCAAGACGGAGAUGAAUGGUAUGGUUGGUUUGUCUAAGCGCAUGAAGAGUUGUGCCGAUCAGGUGGAGGUCAAGAGAGACAGGAUCAGACGUCUGAUCGACGACGAGGAAAGUGAGGAGGAGCCUGAGCCAGAACCAGAACCGGUGAAGAUGCCCGGAGGUGAGGUCAUCAUGGUGGACAGUUCGGAGGAUGAGAGCGCCGUUCCUGAGGAGCCUGCUUCCGCUGCUAAGAUGGCUGUCACUGAGAAGUCCACUGUCACCGAGGAGCCUGUUGUCGCUGAGGAGCCUGUUGUCGCUGAGGAGCCUGCUGCCAAUGAGGAGCCUGCUGCUAACGAGGAGCCUCCUGCCAAGCGUGUCAAGUUUGCUGAGGGCGUCUGAGCAGAUGGUUGUAUGAACCUCACGAAAGUGAGACCUUGAGAGUAGAUGCCGAAU